CCUCCUUCUUCGACCUUCACUCCUCUCUACAUCCAUCCAGCCUGCUUCAGCCAGUCGCACAAGCCAACGGCGGCCUUCUUUGUGUGGCUCUAUUCUCUCUCCAAUCUAUUCCACAAUGGCGGGCGGAAUCUCCUUGAAGGUGACCAACAGGGUCCCCAAGAGACCCAUCAAGAAGCUCCCUUCAUCCAUUGAGCUUGGCAGCGACGCCACCGUCGAGGAUGUCAAGCUCGCCCUCGCCAAGGCUGCCGGCAUCGCCGACCACAAUCGCCUAGGCAUCUACGACCCGUCCACAAAGAAGACCCUCAAGGACAGAAAGGCCCCUCUCUCGAGCCUCGAGGCCGUCGUCAAGCAUGGCGAAGUUCUUGUCAAGGACAUGGGACCCCAAGUCUCUUGGCGCACCGUCUUCAUCAUGGAGUACCUCGGUCCAAUGCUCUUCCACCCCCCGAUCCUCGCUCUGCGCAACUACAUCUACCCCCCGCUCUACUCGCUGCUCAAGGGCCACGUCCCCGCGCCUGCCACCGAGCUCUCGUUCGCGCAGAAGGCCGGCUUCGCCAUGAUCAUGCUGCACUUCCUCAAGCGCGAGUACGAGACAGUCUUUGUCCACAAGUUCUCGGCUGCGACCAUGCCCGUCGCCAACAUUUUCUGGAACUCGAUUUUCUACUGGUCCGCCGCAGGUCUCCUCGGCGCCUUUGAGAUUUACGCGCCCUUCAGCCCCGCGGCGCUCGCCAAGGACCCCAUCACCACGUAUCUGGGCAUCGCGCUCUUCGUGUUCGGCCAGGUCGGCAACUUCCGCAUCCACAAGUACCUCUCGGGCUUGCGCAAGCCUGGUGAGACGGACCGCAAGCUGCCCCAGGGCUUCACCUUCCAGCUGGUCACCUGCCCCAACUACAUGUUCGAGGUCAUUGCGUGGGCAGGCAUCAUCAUCGCCACCCGCAGCCCCAGCCUCAUCUUCUUCAUCUCCAUCGGCAUCUACUACAUGUGGACCUGGGGCUGGGGCAAGGAGAAGGCCUACCGCAAGCAGUUUGGUGAUCAGUACAAGAAGAAGCGCUCCGUUAUGCUUCCUGGCCUUUUGUAAGCCAUAGCACGACGUUGGCUCUGGCUUCUCAGAGACCAGGGGUUCUGGGGUUCUGGCGAUGCCUCGAAUACUGUACGUUCACAUGUAGAUUACGGUAAGGUAGUGACCGGAGUACCAUAUAGAGCUUGCCAUACAUUUGCUGC